AUGCAGGCGGACCAGCAGCUUCCUGCUGCGGCAGGGCCGCCUGCUGCAGUCGCAGCGCCGGGUGCAGCAGCAGCAGCAGCAGCAGCUCCUGCUUUAGGAGGGACAGGAGGGGUGCUGCCCGUAGCUGGGGCAGCGCUGCCUGCAGUAGCAGCAGCAGCACCAGGAGCAGCAGCAAUGAUGCCAGGGAUGCAGCCGACGGAGCUGCCUGCUGCCUCACAAGAUGCAGCAGCAACAGCAGCAGCUGCUGCUACUGCUGCUCAAAGAGCUGCUGCAUUGCCCAGCCGGCUCUCGCAACUUUUCCCAGCAGCAGCACAAAUGCUGCAGCACUUCGUAAUGAACGUUGAUCGUUUUGCUGAGGGCCCCGGCAGCAGCAGCAGCAGCAGCAGCAGCGUCAGCUGCAUGAGCGUGAGCAGCAACGGCAGUGCAGCAACUGAGGAAGUGUCAGAACGGCUAGCAGCAGCUCGCCGCUGUGCAGUGGCGCUGCAGCAGAUAACAGCAGCAGACGGAGCGGCAGCAGCAGCAGCAGCAGCAGGAACUGCAGCAGGGUUUACGGCGUGUGGUGUGCGGUUUAGGGUUUACACGAUAUGUCACCUGCAUGACUUUUUGUUGAUUUUCCCUUCCCCCAUUUGCGUCCCGCAGCAGCUGCAGCAGCAGCAGCAGCAACUGCAGCAGCAACAGCAGCAGAUGUCGAAAAGAGCGGGGGCCUCGGAGGAGCAGCAGCAACAGGGGGAGGCCUCUUAG